UAAAAUUUUAAAUAAAUUUUUUUAUAACACGUUUAAUAAAUUAAAAAUAAAACGUAAAAUAACGGUAUCAGUUAUUCAAAUCGAUAUGAUCUUUAACAUAUUAUUAAUUUUUUAAUACAAAUUAUAAAAUUUGCAUUCUUGUAUAUUAUUUUUGCAAUAUCAUUAUUAUAAGUAUAUAAAAAUAUAUGUAUAUAUGAACUGAGACCAAGUUUAAGAUUAAAUUAAAAAGUAUAGAAAUAAGAAUACAUAAUUAUUUUUUCAUCGUUUUAAAACGAAACCUCAAAGUGUAAUUUAAUAUCACAAUAAAAAUUUUAUUUAAAAUAUUUAUUUAUUUUGAAUUCCUAGCAUAAUAUACCAGUAUCUACUUACUUAAUAUUAAAUACAUACAUACAUUUGUGGUAUAAUUUACGUUAUUAUUAAUUUAUUUGUACAAUAUAUUAUGUUCAAAGCAACCAACAGUUUAAGUGAAGAAACCUUGCCAGGUGAUGAUUAUUUUAGAAAUAAUAAAGAUACACGUUUAUAUGAUGAGCAACAAGCUAAUUUAAUACAAAAUCAUAAUAGAAAAUUUAAUUAUCCAAAAGCUGUGAUAUUUGUUUUACUAACAAAAUUAUUUGAAGCAUUUGCUGCUAAUGGUAUUCGAACAAUUUUGGCUUUAUACCUUCGGGAUGACUUGAAAUUUACUGAAAAUUUUUCAACAGUAAUGCUACAUGUAUUUAAUUUUUUUGGACAAUUUUGUCCAAUAUUUGGUGCUGUUAUAGCUGAUAGUUAUUUAGGAAAUAUUAAAACUGUACAGUAUUUUAGCAUUGUAUAUUUGAUUGGUUGGAUAGGAUUAAUUACAACAUCAUUACCUAUAUCAGGAAUCCCAGUAAUAUUCUUAAUUUCAACUGCACUUCUCUUUAUAUCAAUUGGUAAUGGAAGUGUUAGAGCCUGCAUCACCUCAUUGGGUGCUAUGCAAUUUAAAUUACCUGAACAAGAAGUACAAUUAAUUCAUUAUUUUUCACAUUAUUAUUUUGUUUAUUAUACUGGAAUAUUUGCUAGUAAAAUUUUACCACCAUUAAUACGAUCAGAUAUUUCAUGUUUUGAGAAAAAUGAAUGUUAUCCGGCUGUUUUUGGUGUACUUGGAACAUCAUUUUUUCUAUCAUUUGUAAUUUUUUUGAUUGGUAAAUUCUUUUAUCAACGAGAAUAUCCUUUAGAUGAUAAUAUUGUAUUGGAGGUAUUAGGUUGUGUAAAAGAAGCAAUCGUUAAAAAAUAUAAUUCAUCGGAGGAAAAACAUUCUAAAUGGUUACAUUAUGCAAUCGGAAAAUAUUCAAGAGAGUUUAUUGAUGAUGUUUCCCAAUUCUUUAAGGUUUCUACAUUAUUUCUUCCGUUACCAAUUUAUUAUGCUUUAUUAGCACAACAGGACUCAACUUGGACAUUUCAGGCAACACAAAUGAAUACAACGAUUCUAGGAAUUGAAAUUCAACCUGAUCAGGCGAAAGCAAUGGGACCAAUCUUUUUAUUUACAAUGAUACCAAUAUGGCAAUAUUUAUUUGUUCCACUUUUAAAAAAAUGUAAUAUUCAAGUUCAUCCAUUAACUAGUGUAGCCAUUGGUGGUCUUUGUUCUGCUUUAGCAUUUUGUUGUGCUGGUUUAUUACAAAUUCAAAUUGAUAUUAAUACAGCUAAAAGUAUUUCAAUUUUAUGGCAAAUACCACAAUUUAUUUUACUUAUGAUGGGUGAAUUAUAUUUAUCAAUACCUGGUUUACAAUUUGCAUUUACUCAAGCACCAUCAAAUAUGAAAUCUGUAUUAACAGCAGCAUGGUUUCUAAAUAAUGCAUUUGGAAAUUUAAUUGUGAUAUUUUUGACAAAUUUUAAAAUAAUUGACAUACAAAGUUCUGAAUAUUUUAUAUAUGCAAUAUUAAUGUUUUUAGCAAUAAUUAUUUUUACAAUGAUGGCAUGCAAUUAUUUAAGAGAUCAACAAAAUUUAUUAUUUUCAAAUGAUGAACAAAAUUAUAAUAUUAGAAUAACAACAUCAUCAACAACAAUAAUCAAUUCAUCAUCAUCCGAAUUGGCAAAUAAUAAUAAUGAAUUGAAUGGUAAUGCAAUAAAAUAUGAAAAUUCUAAUAAUUAAUCGUAUAUAUUAAAUAAGAAGUAGGGAAUUUUUGAAUAUAUAAUACUUUCUUAUACAUAAUAAAAUAAUAUUAUAUUAUUUGAUUAUUAAAAUAUAAAAAUAUGUAAUUUAUUUAUUUUAGUAAUUUUAAAUUAUAAUUGUUGAAUAUAAUUUUUAGAACUAACUAUGUAUUCCUUGUAUAAAUAUUGUUAAAAUAAUAUAAUUUUUUUUUAAAGAAAUAUGUGUAUAUAGAUAGGUAAUA